GCUGCCUUGAGCGAACGUCGCAGUCUUGACGCCAGCUGCCAGCCAGAGAACUCCUGAGCGCGAUGGGCUCGCCCAAGGCGGAGAAGAACGCCAAGGAGAAGAAGGCGCGUAAGAAAAGGAAGAGUCCAGAGACGGCACAUGCACCUGCGCACCAAGAGAAAACGCCGUCACCCGAAACUGAAACAACGAGUUCAGGAUUUACACCACCAAUGCAGAACCACGAGAAGUCCAAUAAAGAGCAAAGCCAUUUGCAGGAGGGACCUGAAUAUAAUGGUCUCAGCAUGACGGCCCCUACUUACGAAGGCGUCAAAGGCAUCACUCGGAACAGCGCCAAGAGGGUUUCCAGGGAAAUCGACGACAGCAUCGCUAAAGACGCAGUCAAGCACGCAGCCAAGGACGCAGCCAAGGAUGUAGCCGAGGAUACAGACAAGCUUGCAGUCGAGGUCGCAGUUCACGAUGCAUUCAGGCGCGACAACAUCCCCGCGACAGGCAAGAAUGCCCCCGUUCGACUGGAACCAGAAACCAAGCCGCAAGAAGAACGCAGCCUGUCCAGCAUUGCAAAUCUGUGCCCACCAAGUUCUUACGAGCAAAUUACACCUUUUGCCUUGCUUUCUAUAGGAGGAAAAACUGUAGAGUUAAUUGCACCAGAACGCCGGAGAAGCUCUGCUGGACACUACAGAUCGGCAGAAGCCGCUUUGAUGUUUCGGCGCCAGUCAGUGCUGCUAAUCGUGGCCGCCUCAGCUGUCGGCUGCAUCAUGCUGGCGCUCGUGGUGAGCAAGCUCCUGCAGAACGCGCACGAGAUAGACCUCGCCUGCAUCAGCAACGAGUGCCGAAAGUGGCGGCCAGCGACAGGCGGGAUGUCGUUGGCGACGAAUCCAUCCACCAUUCAGGUGGCGGAGUACAUAAACAGCGUGGUGGACGCGAGCGUGAGGCCCUGCGACGACUUCUACCGACACGUGUGCGGGCGCUGGCUUCGCGCCGACGUGGCGCCGUCCUCCUUCGCGGCGGACGCGGCGCGCAACUUCAGCGACGUCCGUCACGCUCAGCUGUCGCUGGAACGCGACGACGGCGUCGCCGAGCGGAGCGCCUCGCUCCUGUACCGCUCCUGCCUGGAUUUCUACGGCCACGCGCUCAACCUCGCAGCUGUCGCCGACUCGCUCUUCAAGGAGCUGAACUUGUCCGCGGCAGCGUGGCUGAAAGAGACCGCACCCGAGGCGUUAUUCGCAGACUCGGUUCGCAUCUCCUUCGUGCACGGCUUCCACUCCCUGUUCGAGGUCGCCUCCUGGAAUGCAGGCGGCGAGAUGCACUACGCCGUCGACGUGCAGCCCUCGUUCACGCAGCGGGUGGGCGGGGACCGCGCGAGGGCCGAAGGGCUGAGGCGCUACCUGGCCAGCGUGCUGGAAGCCAUAGUCGGGAAAGGCAAUGUGUCCGGUGCCAUCUUCGACGAAGUCGUUGCGCUGGAUAGAGACAGAGCGCGGAAACAGUACAACGACGCGCCGAAGCGAGCGAAGAUGGACGAACUGGUUUGCGGACGCUUCUCUGGGCCGAUGUGGGCCGACGCGCUGAGUCGACACGUAGCAGCGAAAGUGAACGGCGCCUCUGUGGAAACGCGUCGGUUUGACGCCGUCUGCCACGAUCUCGACGUCGUCCUCGUCCAGACGACUUCCGCGGCGAGGCCGCUGUACCUACUGGUUCUUAUCAUGGCUCACGUGGUGCGGUACGACUACCGGCUUUCGGGGCCGAAGCGUACGGCCGACUUGCUCAGGGAAUCGUGCUACGAGGAGACGUCGGGAGUCUUCGGUAGCGCCUGGCCUCCUCUCCUAACUCGGCUGCUGUCGGUGUCCCAGAGCUCGCAGAAGGCGAUAGACGCCUACUUCAGGACCAUGCUCAAGGGUUCCAUAAAACAGGUCUUUUCUCGCGAGUGGAUGACGCGCGUUGACGCACUGGCCGCCACCAAGAUGCUAGAGAAUGUCAGCAUGCUUCGUUUCCCCGCUGGAACGCCUUCGGAGCUGUGCGGUUGGGACCGCGAAAACAACGCCAGUUCGAUUCUCACACCCACGGACUUCAUCAGGAAAAAAGUCGCCCUCCAGAACCGAGACAAUGGCGGCGGCACUAACUGUGACCGCGCACCCGGUUCAGACAGACGCGCUCGCCUGCUCCACUUGCUCGAUGGCACGGCGAUGACCAUUGAGAGAGCCACCAGGACGCUGGUUGUUCCGCACGCAUUCGGCCUGCCCCCUCUGUACUACCCGCAGCUGCAGGAAGAGUACGCCAGCCUGGCCGUCGUGGGAGUCCAGAUGGCGCUGCGAAUUCUCGGCAUUACGUUUGCGAGCCACACCGACGACAGCGGUGAAAAUGAAACCCACCCGUGGAGCCAGGAGACACUGGCCAGAUACAAGAAGAUGCAAAACUGCUACGCCCUGCAGUUUCCCGCGUCCCACGGCCCGCUGGCCGACCACCAGUUCGAGCUGGCCUCCGUCGCGCCGGACGCCGUCCAGCUGGCCCACUCCGAGAAGGCCCGGCUCGACCCGGCGGCCGGCUCGUGGCAGCGUAGGCGCGCCACCAGCGCCCUCUUCUUCAGGCGCGUCUGCCUGGCGCUCUGCAAGUCCGCCGAGGCCCCCGGCGACGCCCACGGAGGCGACGAGGCGACCCUGCACGCCGCCUGCCUCCUGGGAGUCGCCAGCGUGCCCCGGUUCUACGAGGUCUUCGCGUGCGCCGAGGACGACCGCAUGACGCACAUGCGGGAGUGCUUCGACGAUUGAGGAGACGUUCGCUUGGACGCGUUCUCGUUGCGUUCCCAUGCACUUCUGCUGGUUGGCAAGGGAACCCAUUUUUUGCGGUUACAAAACGCGUUACAUAUGCGCCUUGCCGGGACAGCCUUAUAAAAAUACCGCGAUGGUAAGAAAAGCCGAGGUUAGGCUUAAUCUUUUUUUUUUUUUUUGCUAUGCCGGCGUGUUGCUGACAGAAGGGCAGCCUUCAACAGUAAGUCUUUUUUGGUGGAAACGUUAAUUUUCGAAUUGUUCAUGUUUCGGGUUUGUUGGUUUGGUACCUUUUUCUUUCCAUCUUUGCGUUUCCUCGUUACGACUCGUUAUAUUUUUUAUAAGAUACUGUGUUCUUCCAGAUAUUCACUUGUAUACGUUGUACUUCUAUGACUGCGUCUGUGAUUUCGGCAGCAAACCUCAUCUGUCGUUUGAAGACGUUCAAGAAGGAAGACCGAGCCACUCUGAAUUCUCGUUGUGGUGUUAAUCGAUGUUGGUGCGCACGUGUUUCGGUUGCUUGACAAAGCGCGUAGGUACUUCAGUAAAUUAUAUGGCUUACA